AUGUCAAAUUCCAUUGCCCACACAAUUACGGACAGCCCAGAACACAUGGAGUGCAUGGGGAGGAGGGAGGCCAUGCUUGCAUAUCAGUUCAACACGAUACGUGCAAGGAUACCUAGCUACGUAUCUCCCCAUUCUCGCUUAUCCUGUUACGUGCCACCACUUCGCACAUGGUCGUACAACGAGGAGUUGACUAAACAACAGUAUCAUGCUGUUAAUUGCUUGAUAGGAUUUGUAACAAAUCCAUGCCAUCUAAUUUAUUUCCUGGUACUCUAG